AAGACGGGAGCCCCUGGUCUGACUUUUAGAGUAAAGAAAAGGAGGAUCGCGCGCUAAGCCCUGCCGGAGCGCUUGCAAGGCAGGACAAGCCUACUCGCUGGCUGCAUGUCAGAUCCGUGAAAGGGCGCAGACGCAGCAAACAAAAUUUUCCCUGUUCCGAGGAGACCAUGCAAGCUACUGGAAGGAGAGAAGGGGAGCGAGUCUGAGAGGAAACGGAGACACUACCGGCCGGUAGAACGCGCGCAGUCUAAUCCACAGCGGGUCGCUGGGCUGAACUCUCCGCUUAGGAACAGUUGAGGGUUUGUUGUCGCUGGCUGCCCAGGGGAGCCCGGAUUUAAUGAAAUUCAGCAGCUGGCUGGACACACGCUUACUUCAGUGAGCUGUUGGGGAUUAGAUGCAUUUGACUCCACAAUGCGGAGCGAUCCCAUUUUGUUCGCUUCCAGGGCCAUGGAGGAGCUGGUGUCGGAGCUGAGGCUCUUCCUGGACCUGCUGGACAGAGAGUAUCUGAGCGCUGGUGUACGGGAGAAGAAACUGCUCAUCUCCAACAUCCUGCACAGGGUCCUGGCCGCCAAGGAGCCCUCAUUCAAGACUGAUAUCCACAGCAGCCUUCCUGCCCCCCCUCAAAUGCCCCUGCCUGAAAUCCCACACCCGUGGCUGCCCCCGGACAACGGGCCGCCUCCCCUGCCGAGCUCCUCCCUCCCAGAGGGAUACUAUGAGGAGGCGGUUCCUCUGAGCCCCGGAAAGGCCCCAGAAUACAUCACAUCACACUACGACUCGGACAACAUGAGCAGCUCGUACGAGUCGUACGACGAGGAAGAGGAGGAUGGGAAGGGGCAGAAGAUGCGGCACCAGUGGCCCUCCGAGGAGGCCUCCAUGGACCUGGUGAAGGACGCACGGAUCUGCGCCUUCCUCCUGCGCAAGAAGCGCUUCGGACAGUGGACCAAGCUGCUGUGUGUCAUCAAGGACAACAAACUCCUGUGCUACAAGACGUCGAAGGACCACACGCCGCAGAUGGAGCUGGUGCUGUCGGGCUGCAGCAUCACGCACGUGCCCAAGGACGGCAAGAAGAAGAAGCACGAGCUGAAGAUCGUCCACCAGGGGGCCGACGCCCUGGUGCUGGCCGUGCAGAGCAAGGAGCAGGCCGAGCAGUGGCUGAAGGUGAUGAAGGAAGUGUGUAGCUACAGCAACGGUGUGAUUGACACUGAAAGGACGGGCUCAAGUUCACCAGUCCACAAAACUGAACUGGAAAAGAAGCUGUCCUUUGAUAGGCCGAGCUCGGAUGGAGAGAUCCCAGAGACCGGUGUGGCUGACGGCAAAGAACAAGCUAAAGGGAAGAAAGGCUCCAAGUCAGAGCAGAAGGGCACCGUGGGUAAAGUAACCGGGAAGAAGAUCACCAAGAUCAUUGGCCUGGGGAAGAAGAAAACGUCCACCGACGAGCAGACGUCCUCCGCGGAAGAAGACGUCCCCACCUGUGGUUACCUCAACGUGCUGUCCAACAACCGCUGGCGUGAGCGCUGGUGCCGGCUGAAGGACAACCAGCUGCUGCUGCACAAGGACCGGGACGACCUGAAGACCCACAUGGCCAGCCUGCCCCUGCGCGGCUGCGAGGUCAUCCCCGGCCUGGACUCCAAGCACCCCUUCGCCUUCCGUCUGCUGCGCAACGGCCAGGAGGUGGCCGUGCUGGAGGCCAGCUCCUCAGAGAGUAUGGGUCGGUGGCUGGGAGUUCUGCUGGCGGAGACGGGCUCCACGACGGACCCCGCCGCCCUGCACUACGACUACAUCGACGUGGAAACCACCGCCAACGUCAUCCAACUGGCCAAGCAGUCCUUCUGUUUCACGAGCAAGCGUGCAGUGUCUCCAAACCCUUACCUGGACAACCCCGUCAACGGCUACGCCUGCCCCAGCGGAAUGGCACUGCACUACGACGACGUGCCCUGUAUCAAUGGAUCGCUGAAAGGAAAGAAAGCACCAGCAACCAAUGGGACAGCUUCUAAGCAGAAGGCUGACAAGAACCAGCAGAAAAAGUCCAACGGAACCAAUGGGACCCUGCCAAUCAAACGGAACAAUUCCAGUGCGGAGCAGUACAAGUACGGAAAGAACCGGGUGGAGGCCGACGCCAAGAGGCUCCAGGCCAAGGUGGACGAGCUGAUGAAGAGGAAGCAGGACAUCCGUCAGCGCCUGACGCAGCUGAAGAAGGAGAGGAUAGACCUGCGCACAGCGCUGGAGGCUAGCACAGGAAAGAGGUCCCAGGCGUCUCUGGGGGACCGGCUGAAGAAAGUGGAGGACGAGUGCAAGCUGAAGGAGGGCGAGAGGGUGAGCCUGGAGCUGGAGCUGACCGAGGUGAAGGAGAACCUGAAGAAGGCCCAGAACGGGGGCGUCACGCUGGGCCUGACUAUCGAACCCAAAUCCGGGACAUCCAGCCCCCAGUCCCCCGUGUUGAUGCGGCGCACGAUGGAGAACUCCCCGGCCUCCAGCUGUGACACCAGCGACACGGAGACCUGCUCGCUGCCCGUCAACAGCGCCUCCCUGCUGCGGAGGCAGACCGGCCAGAAAGUCCCGCCCGUCCGCGGCCACGUGCUCCGGAAGGCCAAGGAAUGGGAGAUGAAGAGUGGAACAUAAACCUGAACAUUUCCAGCAUUCUUUUUUUAAGGUGUAUAUUUAUUUGAAACAGCCGUUCAUUGCCUAAGGAUGUCAAGAGAAGGAGUGAGCAUAGCGUAGAUGUUUGGAUAACAGCUGAGAGGACAGUGCUGCCAAAUUCUAUAGCGUCAACUUCCAAAAGCACAGAAAAAUUGUUUCUUUGUUGCUUAUUUUUCUAAUAGCAUUUAUUAUACAGGCAUGGUUUGCCUGCGCUCCUGUUGUAGUGUCUGUGUUGUCCAUUCCUCUCUUACGUGACGAGUGUGUGUGUUUGAGGACCUGUCUCUCUGUUCAUCCGUCUCACACAUCCUAGAGACCCGAUUUGGUUUAGACACCAGAAACCGUGAAACCGCAAUAUUUAUUUGUAAAUGUUCUAAGUUCUAAAUAUUAGCUUCCCUUUUCGGUUAUUUAUGUUGAUAUUUAAAAAAGCUUGUCGUUGCGCGUUCUGCAUGAAACGGCGAGGGCAAAGGUCGUGCUAGCAGAAGGAAGCCUGCUUCCACACCCAGGGCCGGAGAGGGAUCUGUUUUGGGACCAGAGGCCUGAGAGUCCAGGCUGCAGCGUUCUAGGUCAGGAGGCCAACGCCUGUGUCUGGUUCCAGCCUCCAAACCGACUCUGGUGUAGGACCUCUCCUGGGUUCGAACAGAACCUGCCCGUUCCGCGUGCCAAGCCUGGCCCGUCCAAGGGCGGCUUGAGUCCAGGCUGCAGUUCAGCUGAGGCGGGCUAGCUGCGGAGGAGGUUCCACGCAAAAGAAAUGUAUCUUGUUUUUGUUUUUUUUCAUAGUCCAAAUAUAUGUUGCUGCAAUCCGGCCCUUUUAAUCAAGGCACUGGAGCAGCCUGUGAUCUAAGUAUAUGGUGCAUGCAUUUCAGCGUUCCUGGCACAUCUGACACCCAUCAAUACACUGUCAUAGAAGAUAGAAGUACUGUACAAACCCGCGUGUAUUUUUAUACAGAACUGAAACGAAACGCGAGUAUGAGACUGGCUUGUGGGCCGAAGUGUUCCAGCGGGGUUCUGGACCCCAGAAUCCACUUUCCAGAAUGUUCUGUUUGGCUUUAUUACUCUCAAUUAGCAGUCUGUGGUUGAGCCCACAUUCAGCGUCUCCCCCAGUGGACCUCGUGUCCCAGUCCCGUCAGC